ACCAUAAAAAAAUCGAUCGAUCGUAAAACCCUAGAAAAGAGUCAGCCUUAGGAAAAGGCAAGAGAUCAAGAUGGUUCUUCUCGUCAGCUCCGACGGGGAGAAGUUCGAGGUGGCGGACGAGGUGAUCGGCAAGGCUUCGGGGAUGAUCAAGGGCUGUCUGGACGAGGACUGCGCCACCAACGGCCAGGUCCCGAUCCCCAACGUCACCGGCCGCAUCCUCGCCCUCAUCCUCGAGUACGUCAACAAGCACUUCGCCGAGCCCCAUGACGACUUCCAGAUCCCCAACGCCGACGACCCGCUCAAGCGCUUCGACGACGCGUUCGUCCAUGUCGACCAGGACACGCUGUUCGACCUCAUCACCGCCGCCAACUACCUUAACAUCAAUAGCUUGCUGGACCUUACCUGCAAGGCGGUGGCGGACCAGAUGAGGGGCAAGACCACGGAGGAGACCCGCAAGCACUUCAACAUCGUCAACGACUACACCCCGGAGGAGGAGGAGGAGGUCCGCAGAGAGAACUCGUGGGCCUUCGAGUAGUCGCUUCCUCCAAUUCCUCUAGUGCAUCCAGAUUAUCGGCUCGACGUAUAACAAGUAGAGUAUACGACAUCGAAGGAUCCCACGUAGGGUUUUGAACUUUUGAACGGAACCUAUUUUCAGG